CCCCCGUUAUGUAAAAAGCAUAAUGGGUUAUCAUUGCACAAUGCAGGGCUGUUUGCACGUACUAUGUAAUUGAUAUUUGUCAUGAAUGGCCCUGCAUGUUACCCCCAAAGUCACGCUUACGAGCUAAUUCUGUUUUAGCUUCAAUCUGCUGGAUUUGACGUGGAAGAGGACUGCAAGCAGAGAGCCCGCCCCUCAAACCUCACUGCUGCUUCCAGCUCACCUCCCUUGAGAAGAAGACACGUCCACCAAACAGAAUUGUGCGUUUUGGGGGCUCUGCGGAACUAAGCUGAGGGCGAAGAGUGGGAUCCCAUAAUGAUUUAAUCCACGCAAGCUGACACUAAAGCGGCCAUCUGUGCAAACUCUAACUAUUGCCUACAAGACUGCGGAAAAGAAGAAAGAAGGGAGAGAGCGAGCUCAAGUCACAGCCGGAGAAGUCAAACGGGUCGUGCGAUGUCAUCCGCGGAGAGAGUGGCGGGCAUGAGCGGAGGCACGGCGGUUGCAGCCCCGACAUCGCUGGGCCAAGCACCCGUAGGAGAGCGCGCGGUGGGCGCCCUGUGGUCCUUCGCUAAAUGCUUGGGUGCGCUGCUGCCGGUCUACCUUGCUGGAUACUAUGGCUUCAGCAUCACCUUGGUGCUGUUUGGGCUCAUGGUCUAUAUGGGCUGGAAGCACAGUCGGCUAGAUAAAGUGAGGAGGCUCAACGCGGCCAUGUAUCUCCUGGAAAAUGAGAAGGAAUUCACCACUGAGAAGGUCUUUCGAGCCAAACGGGAUCUGCCUCCCUGGGUCAACUUCCCAGAUGUAGAAAAAGUGGAGUGGAUGAAUAAGCUCUUACAGCAAGCGUGGCCUUUUGUAGGGCAAUUUCUGGAGAAGUUACUCCUGGAGACCAUUGCUCCAACCAUCCGAGCCUCCAGUAUACAUCUGCAGACCCUCAGCUUUACCAAGGUCAACCUAGGAGACAAGGCUUUAAAAGUGGUUGGCGUGAAGGCUCACACAGAACACGAUAGGAGACAAGUCAUGUUGGAUUUGUACCUCAGCUAUGCUGGUGAUGUCGAGAUCAACGUAGAAAUCAAAAAGUACUUUUGCAAAGCUGGGGUUAAAGGGAUUCAGCUCCAUGGAAAGCUCCGUGUGAUCCUCGAGCCUCUUAUUGGAGAUGUUCCGCUGGUCGGGGCCAUCACCAUGUUCUUCAUCCGCCGACCUAAACUGGACAUUAACUGGACUGGUCUGACCAACUUGUUGGAUAUCCCUGGACUGAAUGCCAUGUCGGACACUAUGAUAAUGGAUGCAAUUGCCUCCCAACUGGUCCUCCCCAACCGUCUCACCAUACCCCUGGUGGCUGACCUGCAGGUUGCGCAGCUCCGCUCCCCUCUCCCAAGGGGAGUUGUGCGUAUCCACCUGCUGGAAGCCGAAGAUUUGACCGCCAAGGACACCGUCAUCAAGGGUCUUAUUGAUGGCAAGUCUGACCCGUACGCUGUGCUUCGUGUGGGAACGCAGAUCUUUACCUCGCAUCACGUGGACAGCAACUUGAACCCACAGUGGAGGGAGAUGUAUGAGGUGAUUGUCCAUGAAGUACCUGGUCAGGAGUUGGAAGUGGAAGUCUUUGACAAAGACCCAGACCAGGAUGACUUCCUGGGCAGGCUGAAGGUGGAUCUUGAUAUUGUCAAACAAGCCAGAGUGGUGGAUGAUUGGUUUAAUCUGAGGGACGUCCCAUCUGGUAGCGUCCACCUCCGCCUGGAGUGGCUUUCUCUGCUGUCCUCUGCUGACAGGCUUACUGAGGUGAUCCAGAGAAACCAGAACUUGACCACCAAGACCGCCGAGCCUCCAUCUUCCGCCAUUUUGGCCAUCUACCUCGAUCAGGCUCAUGAGCUACCUAUGAGAAAAGGCAAUAAGGACCCAAGCCCAAUGGUGCAAAUUUCUAUUCAGGAUACCACCAGAGAGAGCAAGACUAGCUAUGGUACCAACAACCCAUUGUGGGAGGAUGCUUUUACCUUCUUCAUUCAGGAUCCUCGCAAACAAGACAUUGACAUUCAAGUGAAGGAUGAUGACCGAUCUCUCUCCCUGGGCAGCCUGACCAUCCCCAUAGCCCGCCUUCUAGGGACCCUUGAUCUCACCAUGGACCAGUGGUUCCAGUUGGAGAAUUCUGGUCCUGCUAGCCGCAUCUACAUCAAAAUUGUCCUACGGGUUUUAUGGCUAAGUGAUGAUGCCACACCCACCACACCCUCUCCUCGACCUUUAGCCCCAGGGUUGGGCCCAGGUCACGGGGGGAUCGCAGCAGAGCUGAACCCAAUGGGUCCCGGUGGGUUAGCUAAACCUCCACCAUCACGCCCGCAGCAUACCACACCUGACCCAGAGUUUGCAUCUGAGGGAGUGCUGCGAAUCCAUCUGUUGGAGGCCCAAAACCUGAUAGCUAAGGACAACUUCAUGGGGGGCAUGGUGAAAGGGAAGAGCGACCCUUAUGUGAAGAUCCGUGUGGCUGGCAUCACCUUCCGCAGCCACACCAUCAAAGAGAACCUCAAUCCAGUUUGGAAUGAACUCUAUGAGGUGAUUUUAACUCAACUUCCUGGUCAAGAGAUCCAGUUUGAAUUGUUUGACAAGGACAUUGAUCAGGAUGACUUCCUGGGAAGGUUCAAGCUGAGUUUACGAGAUAUUAUCAGUGCGCAAUUCAUUGACACGUGGUACACUUUGAACGAUGUCAAGUCAGGCCGAGUUCACCUGUUGCUAGAAUGGCUGCCCAGGGUGUCCGACCUACCGAGGAUGGAUCAGAUCCUGCAGUACCAGUCUCAGCAGUCAUUCCAGAACAAAGUUCUUCCCUCAGCAGCCGUGCUUUUUGUGUAUGUGGAGCGUGCCCACGGCCUACCGUUGAAGAAAAGUGGAAAAGAGCCCAAAGUUGGAGCAGAGGUUAUCCUAAAAAAUGUCUCACAUAGAACUAAGAUCAGCGAACGGUCCACAUCCCCGAGAUGGGAUGAAGCAUUCCAUUACCUGGUUCGAGAUCCCAGAGAUGAAAUCCUCACAGUCAAGCUGUCCCACAGCUGGGGCCAGGCUCUUGGGUCCUUGUCUCUCCCUCUCAGGGAGGUAAUGGCUGAGCCAAGCUUGGUGCUGGACCGCUGGCUCGCCCUGGAUGGAGCUCUGCCAGAGAGCCAGAUCCUGCUGAGGGUGACACUCAAGAUCUUGGACACUCAGUUAGCGGUAUGCCGCAGGGUCCCAGGGGAUAAUGACGGAAGUGGAGACGCAGUUAUUCCCAGAUGGGAUCCUUCCCAUCUGGACCUGAGGCACAGAACUGGAUUCGCCAUGGGCACAGAUACAUCAAGUGCAGCAGGCCAGGUGAAGCUCACCAUUGGCUACUCCACAGAGGAGAGCAGGCUUUUCAUCACUGUUCAUGCGUGCAGAGGUCUGACAGCAUGCUCAAAGGAUGGGGCCGACCCUUACGUUACCUUCAUCCUGCUGCCCGACAAGAAGGCGACCACCAAGAGGAGAACUGCCACCAAGAAAAGGGACCUCAACCCAGAAUUCAACGAAAGGUUUGACUUUGACUUCUCUCUGGAGGAGUCGACACAGAGGAGGCUGGAUCUGUCUGUGAAGAACAGUGUCUCCUUCAUGAGCAGAGAGAGGGACCUCAUUGGCAAAUUGCUGCUGGACCUUGACCAAAUUGAUCUGAAGAUUGGCGUCACACAGUGGUAUGAUUUGAUACCAGAGUCAGCAUAGAGGAAUAAACGCUGAUCGUCCGUACUAUUUAACAUGUAGUGUUGCUUCUGUGAUCUGUGAUUUGUGUGUUUGUAUAUUCAGCUUUAAUGGCAAUUUCCAUCUUCGCUGAAGAAAAAAAAAAAAGGAUAACACAUCUGCACCACAAAACAGCGGUCCAUCAGUAUUUAUUAGAGGAAGCUAUCUUGUCUUCUGUAAAGUGUUAACUGUGCUGCAUCCUUAGACACAUUCUUCAGUAGAAUAUUGUGGCUGAAUAGAUAUUUAAUAAUGCGACUAUGUUGCACAAAAUACAACAUUUGUAUAUGUUAUAUACAAUUCUAAGAAAUGACAAUAUAAAAGCCUGUAAAAGUCCGAGAAGAAUUGUAUUCUCAGGAGGGCUUAUGCUGUGGUUAAUAGCCAAGCCAAAGGUAUGACAAUGUUGUACAAAUUUCUACCCUCCGACACGACUGAAAGAGACUAGAGCUUUGUUUUUUACAGUCUUAAAACCAAUUCCCAAUAUUGCUUUGUUUAUGUGUGUUUAUAUUAUUGCCUUAAGUAUUAACAAAACUUUGAACAGUGUUACACGGUUAUGUUCCAGAUGAUGUUUUAUAUGUUCUAACCAGAGCUUUACGACUAAAUGUUACUUUUAUAACAACGUAUUACAAAGUGAGACCCUCAUAUACCUUUUCAAUCUGAGCUAUGAAACUGUAAGCGGUCCUAAUCACUGUGCUUUUAUGAAGACAAAACUUUGGAGGUACUCAUGGAACGCACGCUUUCUUGCAUAUGUAGUGCUAAAUGCAAGCUUUCAUGCGUAGUUUUCCAUGCAACGCAGCUAAUUCAUUACAAGAAGUGAGUAAAUAUUACGCAAGUGGUGGGACUUUGUGUUGCACGGCUGUCAGUUCAUCAUAAGACACUCAACUGUGUAUCUGAAAGAAAACAGUGUUGAGUGCUCAAGACAAAGAAAACUGCUGUUUUUGACACAAUAUACAUCAGCUUUGAAGUUGUUGAUUAAAGCGUGCACUCCCAUGAA